CCGAAAAUUCCAUGGUUCAAAUUCGACAGAUCGUUCUACAGCACACAUCCGGGAACUGCAGGAAAAGCAGUAGAGUACCGAUCCAUGAUCGCCAUCUGCUGUUAGACGUCCUCACCAGCAGGUGGUGCUAGCGGCUGUCAACGGCUACAUCAACAGGCCUUUACAAAGCGCCAUGUGCCAAGAUGGACCAAGCGCAAUUGCUUUUGGAUUAUGUUUUGGAAAGACUUCGUUCACGUUUGGACAGUGCUAUUGGACGCCUGCCCCUUGACAUGGACUACCUAGAGUUUAUGUGCUCGCAAGAAUUGGUCUUUUUAAGUGCUGUUUCCAAUUUAGUUACCAUCCCACGGGAUAUCUUGGAUGGCAUCACAGAACUGCUUAGACUAAUUCAACUCAACCUGUCAAACGAGGAGACGCGCUCUCCUACCAGCGUUCUUCAGGAGUCAGGGUCGAUGGGACGGCCACGUCUUGUAAUCUCACCAGAUUACAUCACCAAUCUUCUGGACAUUAACUGUUCUGUUCCAACCAUUGCUAGCAUGAUUGGAGUAAGCACACGCACAAUAUUCAGACGAAUGGCUGAAUGUAACACCUCUGUUCGGGCACGAUAUAGCAGUCUCACAGACGAAGAAUUAGAUGAUUGUGUGACAGAAGUAAAACAACACAUGCCUCAUUGCGGAUACAGAAUGAUGAGAGGAGCUCUAAAGGCGCGAGGACACCUAGUGCAGUUUGACCGGGUCAGGGCUUCAAUGCACCGGGUAGAUACAGUUGGAGUCCUGUCCCGAAUGACACAGAUGGGCUGCGUGGUACGAAGGACCUAUUCAGUUUCCAGUCCUAGGUCAAUAAUGCACAUUGACACAAAUCAUAAAUUGAUUCGCUACAAUAUAGUCAUCUUCGGGGGCGUGGAUGGCUUUUCACGAAAGAUAAUGUACCUUGGUGCUGCCACUAAUAACCUUGCUGCAACUACCUUGUAUUUUUUUUCAAGAAGCAGUGGAGACAUUUGGCUUGCCUCUCAGGGUACGAGGUGAUCAGGGGGUCGAGAAUGUGGAUGUGGCUCGCCUUAUGUUUACAAUUCGUGGAACAGAAAGGGGCAGCUUCAUGUCUGGAAAGAGUAUCCACAAUCAGCGUAUUGAGAGGCUGUGGAGAGACAUCUGGACAUCAGUAACAAAUGUUUACUAUGAUGUUUUACAUAGUUUGGAAGAAGAUGGCCACCUUGACAUUUCCGACCUUACUCACCUCUUCUGUUGCCACUAUGUAUUUCUUCCACGGCUUCAAGAUGAUCUCAGUCUUUUCCAAAACACUUGGGAUAAUCACAGAAUACGCACAGAGGGUUAUAUGACUCCUAACCAGUUGUGGGUGAUGGGAAGUAUCCGCAGUCCUGUACUGGAACCUGACAUAGAGGGAUUGAGCAUACCCCACAUAGACUGGGAGAGUAGUGGCCUGAGUGUUGAUGCACACUCCAGCAUCGUUGUGCCUCCAACUGAAUGUCCCCUGACUGAUGAGCAACUGGAAGUGCUCAGAGAAACUGUAGACCCCAAAGGACCUUCACAGACUUUUGGCUGGGACA